AUCCACGGCGUCGCGUCGGAGGGCUUCGCGGCCGACGCGUCGCUCUACGACCGCGUGCGGCCGUCGUACCCGGCCCUCGGCGUCGCCCACGCGCUCGGCGACGUCGACGCGGCCUGGGCCCGCAUCCUCGACGUCGCGUCGGGCACGGGCAUCCUGACGCGGCGGCUGCUCGAGUUCGGGGCGCGCGACGUCGCGGCCGUCGAGCCCGUCGCCGCGAUGCGCGCCGAGUUCGAGCGCGCGGUCGCGGGCGUCCCGAUAUCGGACGGGACCGCGGACGCGCUGCCCUUCGGCGACGGGGCCUUCGACGUCGCCUGCGUCGGCCAGGCCUUCCACUGGUUCGCCAACGAGCAGUCGCUCGUCGAGCUCGGCCGCGUGCUCGCCGACGGCGGGCGCCUCGCGCUGCUCUGGAACCUCGAGGACGACUCCGAGCCCUGGGUCCGCGCCGUCCGCGAGGCCUACGAGGUCCACGACACGGGCGCCCAGGGCGACGUGCCCCAGUACCGCAAGGGCCGCUGGCGCGCGGCCUUCGAGACGCCCGGCGCGCGCGCCGCGUUCCCGGGCGGCUGCGAGAGCGCGUUCUUCGACAACUUCCUCCUCACGACGCGGGCGGAGAUCUGGGAGCGCGCGCUCUCGAAGAGCUACUGCGCGACGCUGCCGCCGGACCAGCGGAACGCCCUCGUCGCCGAGAUCGCGGCCAUCGUC